GUAUGUCGAUAUCUGCUCUGCUCAGCCGAAAUCCAAAAGUCGUAAAUUUUUUUUUAAAAAUAAAUUCCAAGGGAAAAAGGAAAAAAAUAUUCUUAUAUGUGAUGAGAUAUUUCUGCUGCGAGAAAUCGUCUCGCAAACCCUGAUGAUCGAAGCUCGCAGACAGCAGCUCUCCUCAAUGUUCUAUCUUCGGGGGCUUUGUGGUUGUGCCAAGGAUUUGUGCGUGCUGGUGGUUCUUUUGUGUGCUGCUUUCCUUCUGGCUUCGUGCGACAAAUGCUCGUUAAAUGAAGCAGAGCGCCAGAUAGAGAUUGAUAGGUGCAAGACCUAUACUUCCAAUUCUCAUACAAGUUCUCUGGGGAUUUUUGAUGGCGAUUUUAGUUCGUUAGCAUCUAGAAAUGCUGUUGACCAACAGAGCCUUGAAAAUAUAUGUCCAGAUCCAAAUUCCUUCUGUUUCCUCUCAACAUUGUCCGGUUCUUCGUUUGGUGAAGUUGCUAUUGAAAAAGAUGCAGUAGAUGAAGCCUAUGAUGUUCAGUCGGAAGGCUUUCUGCCUGGACUGAAGCAAGAGAGGAGUAAUCUCAGCUGGCCAGCCAAGCACAGUAUCUUCAAGACUUUUGCUGGCAGAGUUAUUUUGUGUUCGUUGAAUGAGCCAGAUGAUUUUCAUGGAUCCCAGCCCGCGGAUAGCACCAACAAUGGUCAAACAUCUUGUAUGAACACAUUAUUUGACCAUGGAACUCACAUGUCAAAAUCAGGGGAAAAUGCGGAGGGAGUUAACUCGGUCAUUUGGGAUAGUGUUUCUAGACCCCCUGUGGAAGUCGGACCCUUUCUGCUUGAUUGGGGACAAAAGAAUUUGUAUUAUCCUUCUGUAGCCUUUUUAACGGUGAAGAAUGUACACAGUGAUAGUGUUCUAACUAUCCAUUAUCCUUACAGCAGCAAUUCACAGUUUUAUCCAUGUAAUUUUAGUGAAAUAUUCUUGGCUCCUGGAGAAAUUGGAUCAAUAUGUUUCACUUUUUUCCCUAGAAAUUUGGGCCUAUCCUCAGCUCAAAUUGUUUUACAGACUAGUUUCGGGGGGUUCGUGAUUCAGGCUAAAGGCUUUGCUGUUGAUUCUCCUUAUUUCGUAAAGCCUCUCGAUGGUUUCAAUAUUUCUUCUAAUGGAAGGUGGAGGAAGAACUUGUCUCUUUUCAAUCCUUACGGUGAUGCUCUCUAUGUGAAAGAGAUAACUGCUUGGAUAUCCAUUUCCUCAGGAAAUAAUUCCCGCUUGUCAAAAGCUGUUUGCAGUGUACGCAGUAUGGAGGGUUCCAGUGAGCAAGGGAUAUUAAGACCUAAAGAGUGGUUGGAUGUUGGAAGCGCUGAUAGUCGUCAACCUGAAAUUUCCGUAAGGCCUCACAAAAAUUGGGAGGUUCCUUCUCUGCUAACAGAGGCCAUUAUGGAAUUAGAGAUUUCAGAUCAUUUUGAGGGAAAAAUUGCUGGUGCUUUCUGUCUACAGUUAGUGAAAUCUUCAGCCAGUGAGAUUGAAACUGUUGUAGUACCUUUUGAAGCGGAGUUUAUGUUAAGUCCAGCUUUAGAUACAGAUUAUAUUUCAGUAUCUCUAGAGGCCUUGGUUCCAUCUGAUACAAGUGCACCUGUUGUUGCUCUCUCGGUGAGAAAUGAUGGUCCUCAUGUUUUGAGUGUUAUCAAGGUCAGACAAGUAGGAGAUAGUGCUGACACUUUUCAAGUUAAGUUUGUAGAAGGACUUGUACUUUUUCCGAAGUCUGUCACACAAGUAGCUGUCAUAAGCUAUCGGGCGAUUCAUGAAGUAGACAUGACAUGUAAUUUUCUUGUAGGGAUGAAUGACACAAGAAGUUCUCAGAUUGAAAUAUCUUGCAUAGAUGUAAUCAAUGUUUUUGCAGGACAAAAAUUGGAUUCCACUACUAUAUAUGCCCAGGAGAUGACUAAUGUUAUUGGUGUCAAAGGCAGAAAAAAGCCUUUUGACAAUGACGUGCAUCCACCUACUGGUGUCAAGGCAGUGGAUAGAAGACAAGCAGAUGACUUGGUGCUCAGUAACUGGAAAUCUCAGGCCAGAGCAAGUUUCAUGUCUGUUCUUGAUGAUGAUGAAGUUCUGUUCCCAUUGGUUGAGGUUGGAAAUCAUUGUUCCGAGUGGAUAGCUGUUAAAAACCCGAGUAAUCAACCAAUUUUGGUGCAGCUUAUUCUAAAUUCUGGAGAAGUCAUAGAUAAUUGCCGCACAAAUGAGAUGCAUUUACAGCCAUCUUCGUCUAGCAUUAUAGUGGGUAACAAAUCAAUUGCUCCAACAAAGUAUGGUUUCUCGAUAGCUAAGGAUGGGAUGACUGAAGCUCUGAUUCAUCCUUAUGGUAGCGCAUCUUUUGGUCCCGUCCUCUUCCAACCUUCUGUUCGCUGUGAAUGGAGGAGUUCGGCUCUCAUCAGGAAUAAUCUCUCUGGAGUGGAGUGGUUGCCUCUCCGAGGAUUCGGUGGAUCAGUUUCGUUGGUGUUGCUAGAGGGGUCUGAUUCUGUGCGAAGUUUAGAAUUUAAGAUGAAUUUCCCAUCCCAACUAAAUUUUUCUUCCCCGGAAACUUUGCACGCCACAGCGGGUAAGAAGUCGAUGUGUUCUGAUCCCUUGAUUAAAGAAGUGUACGCCAAGAAUAUGGGAGAUUUUCCUCUGGAGGUUGUACGCAUUGGAGUUUCAGGGUCGGAUUGUGGUUUAGAUGGGUUUCUUGUGCUUAAUUGUAAAGGUUUUACUUUACCACCUGGAGAAUCUGUAAUUCUUCAGAUAUUGUAUCAAAGUGAUUUCUCCAUGGCUACCAUACAGAGGGACCUUGAACUGUCGCUUGCAGCUGGCAUCCUUGUGAUACCCAUGAGAGCAAGCUUACCAAUGCUCUUGCUUAACUUCUGCAAAAGAUCAACUUUCUGGAUGAGGUUGAAGAAGAUUAUGGUUCUAAUCUUUUUUGCCGCAUCAUUGUUGUUUCUACUAGUGCAUCUCUUGAUUCCACGUUCAACUGCCUUCACAUAUCAUAAGUUGAAAAGUGGGGGAAAAUCAUCUGCAGGGAGUGGUGUAGUCAAUUAUUUGAGUAUGCGGUUGAAAAAGAAAACCAAUGCUGCCUUGCCUCCCAACAUGAAUGGUUAUGAAGGAUCAAUAGUAGGAGAAGAAGCAUUGCUUUUGGGAUCUGCCGCUGAAGGACUGGUUGGUUGUGCCUCUGGAGAGGGACAUUUUAAUGCUUCCGAACAUCAAAAGCAUGAGAACUCUUUAACAGAUGAUCAUCCACCAGAAAACAGAUUAGCAUCCUCUCAGCUGUCAAACUUAUCACCAGUUGGGAACUCCGCUGAAUCGGAUUCACGGAGUCUCACUGUUAGAAUCGGAAAAGAAAAGGGAAGAAGGCGGAGGAAGAAGAAGACUUGUGGCAUGAGGGUACCUGGAAUUUUUGAAGUUUCAAGUAGUCAGAGUAGCAAUUCUACCCCAACAUCACCUUUAUCACCUGCAACAUCUUUAACACCUAAGCGUUCAUGGCUGGUUCCUCUUGAUAUAAAUCAACCUGUGGAAGUUAGAAACCCUUUCUCUGAGCCAUCCGAUCAGCAACGUGAUAAAAGAGAGCACUCUGAACCUCCCAAGGUCAACCUGUUGAAAAAUGAGGCUUCACCUGAGCAUGAGACCAACUGGUGCUGCUCUGCUGGAGAAAAACUAGAUUCAACUAGAAAACUUGCUGGUAGAGCCAUUCUGUUACCUUCUGCCACUUUUCCUAGUGCUGGGAGGCCUUCACCUUCCUGGGAAUGCCGUUCUCCUUUUUUGGCUUCGACAUCGACAAUUUCUCCUCAGGCACGAGCUCCUGGCACCAAACUGAAUAACCAUAAAAUUAGUGAGCCGGGGGCUAUGAUUGCUGUGGAGGAGAAAUUUACUUAUGACAUAUGGGGUGAUCACAUCUUUCGACUUCCUGUGGCUAACCAGUCGAACCAGGCCUCAAAUUUGCCAUUCCAUCCUCUUGAAAACAAUUCUGAGAGCUUUUUUGUGAAGGGUCCACAAACCCUCAUGAGAAACUCUGUACUAAAACCUGUAAGUUUGGACAUGGAGGGUAAUAAAUAAAUAAAUAUUUCUAUCUGAAA